AUGGGAAAGCUCAGCAUAAUUUCAGUUCUUUGUGUAUUUAUCUUAGCCAUGUUAGGGGUCUUUGCCGAUGCCCAUAAAGUAACCAAAAUUCAUUUUUAUGUUCAAGACAUAGUAAGUGGCCCCAAUCAAACUGUUUGGGAAGUGGCAAGAUCCAAUAUCACUUCCACUUCGCCCACAUUAUUCGGCCUAGUUAGAGUCAUUGAUGAGCAAAUGACAGCCAAGCCCGAUGCCAAUUCAACGAUACUCGGACAGGUUCAGGGCCAAAUUACUUUCGCAGACUUCAAAGAAGUAGCACCACUUAUGAACUUCAACGUUGUAUUCAAGUCGGGCAUUUACAAUGGGAGCACAAUUUGGUUGUUGGGAAGAAAUCCUAUAUCCCAAACAUAUCGUGAAUAUGCCAUUGUUGGUGGCACUGGUAUUUUCCGAAUUGCACGAGGAUAUGCCAUUACGAGUAUUUAUUCCGACGAUUCUGCGGGACAUUUUGUUUUGGAAUAUACUCUUUAUGUUUAUGAUGUAUUUGGCAAAUCAUCUAAGCUCUCGAACAACAUGUAA